AUGCUUGAUCAACAUUUCAGCUUUGAUGACUUGAAAGGACCCAAAUCUCGAACAUUGCUACAUUACUUUGCAUUAGAAAAGAAAACAUAUGAUUAUGAUCUUUUAUUCAAAUCAUUUGUUCGAUACAAUCAUACAGAUGAUGAUAGAAAUACGGCUAUUCAUCUUGUCCAAACUCCGAAAUUUUUAAGAGAGCUUUUACAGCAUGGCGUUUCACAUUUAAUAAAGAACAAUGAUGGACAUACACCAGUAGAUGUUUUAUUACUUCAUGAUCGUGAUGAUUUACUAAUAGAAUUAAUAAAUUUCCUUCCCAGUUGGGUUUCAGAGAAUUUUUCACUACUCAUCAAUACAUGCAUUGAGUUCGGAUCUUACAAAUGCUUCCAAUAUUUUGCAGAUCAUCAUUCAAAGCAAUUUAUUGAAGUUUUUAACAAAUCAUCACAUAGUUUUAAGCUAAUUAUAUCAAACAGCAACAAAUACAUGCUCGAUAUUGUCUACAAACUCGUGAAAAUCCCAAUAAAUCAAAUUCCAUGGAAUCCAUUUCCUUCAAAAGUUAUGAUGGAAUCGAUACUCUCCCAUUAUGUCGUACAGAAUCUUAGAGAAUUUGACAUAAAAUCGGUGCCAUACCAUCGAAAUAAAGAAUAUUUACAAAAAAUUAUCGAAGAACAUAUAAAUUGGACAGAAUUGAACAGCGCGAUACUUAAAACUCCUUUACAUAAUACAUUGAUGUACAGCCAAGACGGAUACAUUGAAAAUCUUCGAAUAAAUAAAGUCGAUCUUUUAGAUUACAACGGCAAGACCCCAUUAUUCCUUGCAACAGAAUGUAGUUCCGAAAAAGUCGCCAAACAUUUCGUAAAACAUGGUGCAGUCGGAACUUACAUUUGUUGCGGUUCUACGCCUCUCCACGAAGCCGCAAAGAGAAAUCUGAAAUCGGUGGUUGAAAUAAUCGUUCACUCAAGGAAUAAUAUCGAUAUUUUGGACAAAAAUGGCUUAUCUCCUUUAUUUUGUGCAAUUGAAUCGAAAUCUGAUGAUUCUGCAGUGAUAUUACUUAACAGUGGAGCAAGGGUUGACUUGAAAACAAAGUCUGGAGAUACAAUUUUGCAUUUCGCCGCUAAAAAUAAUUCAUCACCUGAAAUAUUAAAGAAGUUGCUAGAAAAGGGAGCACCAUUAUACGUUAAAAAUAAUGCUGGAGAAAUACCAAUGGUCACUGCCCUUAAAAAUGGCUAUUCUGAAGGAUAUAUGAUUAUGAAACAGAUGAAUGGCAACUUUGGCGAGUUUUCUGUUGAUACUUAUUCAUCACCUGAGAUAUGGAAUAAUUCCUACCUAUACGAAUUCCUUAAAUUCUAUCCAAAAGAGAAUUUAAAUGAUAUUUUGAGACUUGCUGUUAAACACGGCCAUGUACAAGGUUUCUCGAGUGUUAUAUUGACUCUUACAAACUCAAUUUCGGAGAGUAGAAAGAUGGAACUCCUCAAAAUUGCAAUUUUUGCAAAUAAUAUUUUUACUUGUUCGUUUUUGAUCGGAAUUUUCCCAAAUCUGUUGACAGCAUCAUCAAAGAAAGGUGAUACAGCAAUGCACUGGAUCGCAAGAUGCAAUCCGCCUUGUUUUGAUGCAAUUUUUAGGUCAAUUUACAGAAGUUUUGACCAAAUUACGGUUGUGAACAAAAAUAAAGAAAAUCCGUUCCACGUAGCCGUAGAAGUCCGAAAUCUGACGUUUUUGAAUACGUUUUUACAGAAAAAUAAUGAUCAUGAAAAAUAUAAAAUAUUUUUGGACGGAACAGACGAUCAGAUCAAAGAAGCGUUGAAUGCAAAGAACAAAGAUAAUCUUACGCCACUUGAACUUGCUCUUUUAAGAAGAGAUGCCGAGAUUUCUUUAUUGAUUUCGGAUCUCUCACCUCUUUCCAUAUUUUCUGCAAAUAUCACUCCGAAAAUAUUACAGAGAACAUUCUUUACAGGUAUCGAUGGCUCUACUUACAACACAGAAAGAUUAUCUUUAUUAUCUCAUUCAAUUAUCACAGCAGAGACAGAACAAGACUGCUUGGAAUGCGUCAAAUUAAUCAUAGAGCAAGGUGGCGACCCUAAUGUCCCAGACGACAACGGAAAAAAGCCGGCUCACUACGCAUUUGAGAGAAAAUUCACUUCUGUGAUAGAUUACUUGAUGCAGAAUGGCGGUUUAUUGUAUGGAAUUAACAAUUUCCUUGAAACAAUUGAUAAAUCCCUGUUGACAGACGAAAUUAUGGAAAAUAUCCAUAGACAUGACCUCCGAGCCAAUUCUAUUAUGGAAUUAUAUAAUAAUGAGAAGGAUUUCUUGGCUCAAAUGACUUCUUUUGUUGAAAAAAGUGAAAAAUCAAAUUCGAAAAUUCCGACUUCUUCAGUUGUAGUUAUUUCUGCAAGGAAUAUCAUGAAUCUCUCUGAGAGAUUAGUUGAUUAUCUAGGCGAAAUUUGCCAUAGAUUGUCUCCUUCCUCUUGUAUUGCUCGAGGAUUAAAAGUUACAGGAGAUUUCGCAACUUGUUAUCACGCUUUCGUCAUGGUUGUUAACAAAGUGUCCAGUUCUAUUGACGAAGAGACUCAGCAGCUCUUAAACAGCAAACCAGAAGGAUCAUCUAUUACUUACUACCAAUUUUUCGAAAUUCCGGCUUUACAUAUCCACGAAUUUGUUAAUUUGGUUGAUAGAAUCAUAAGAGCGACCCCUGAAAAGCAUCCGGAUUCCGAAAUUUUAUUUUCCGCCUUAAAUAUUUGGAAAGAAAUGGAUCGUAGAUGUCUGAAUGAAAUGAGAGUCUUCCAAACAUUUAAAGCAACAAAAAUUAUGAAAAUGAAUUUCGCAACUUUAAUUCCGGACACAGUUGUGAAAUUUCCAGCCGGAUCCAUCCUUUUAUGGCAAGGAGAUGUCGUUGUAAAGAAAUUCCCGUUCCAAGAUGGUCCUUUGAAGAAAUUAUUUUCAAAAGAGAACGUACGCUUAUAUUUGUUCAAUACCAUUGUAUGGUUUGCUUCUACAGGUCCUAAAUUGAAGAAUACUGUCUUCUAUCUCCUUUCAACUUCGGAUAUUUUCAUGGAAUUUGUAAAUAGCAAUUUAAUGAUCACAGGAAAAGGAUUUCAAUUCGAGAUAUCCCUUGUUAAGCAAGAAGAUAGUGCAAAUCUUGAGAACGCGCUCACAGAACUUGAAAAAGGAUUUAUAUUCCAAAGUACUUCCCAAAGAAUUGUAAAAUGCUUCUAUAUGUUGGAAGAAUCAAACACUAUAGAGUCAACCAUGAUGAUUCUGAACUGUUCCAACAAAGAAUCAGCUGUUGCCGAAUUUAAGAGCUUAAACAAAGAGAAAAUCAAGAAAUUCAGCAACGGAAUAUCCGAAAUGAUCAAUAUUGUACCUAUUGGAAAGGAACUUCAAUGCGUUUAUUGCAAUAUUAAGAAAUAA